UACUGUUACGCAGCACUGGUGUAUGAGAGGAAGAUGUAUCGUCUCGGCCAACAGUCUAACUCCAAGAUCUCUUUCGAUUUCUUUUUGUCCACUGUGCCACGGGAACAUUUUCACUUUACUAGACAAUACAAUAAAAGCUGGUCGUGUAUUGGCUGAUUUUUGAUCAAAUUUGACUUGAAUCUCCUCGAAAAUGCCAAGGACCAAGAAGAGGAAUAGCAGAGGAGGCCAGCAUGGUGCUGUGCAGCCUUUCAGUGAUGAGGAUGCCUCCAUUGAGACCCUCAGUCAUUGCAGCAGCUUCAGUGAUGCCACCAGUGUAGCAGAUGAAGGUGGAGAGGCCAGUGAGGACACUGCCCAGGAAGAUUUCCAGUAUAAGCUGAAGGGGUUCAUUGACAGCACUGUGGAUAAGAGUGCUAAGACCAGACAAGGGGCUUUGGAUGGGCUAAAGACGGCAAUGGCUACACGAAUCCUGCAUGAGUUCAUCUCUGAGAGAAGGAUGACCAUCACGGACAGCAUUGAGCGUUGCCUAAAGAAAGGCAAAGGUGAGGAGCAGCGAGCGGCAGCUUCUUUAGCCUGCUUGCUGUGUAUUCAGCUGGGCUCAGGAAUUGAGAGCGAGGAGGUGUUGAAGACCCUGAAACCUAUCUUCAAAAACAUCCUGGCAGAUGGAUCAGCCAACAUACAAGCCAGACAAGCGGUGGCGACAAGUCUGGGACUUUGUACACUUGUUGCAGAAGAUGACGUUUUGGACGUGCAAGCUACCAUGGAAUGUUUUGAGAACCUAUUCACCCGGUCCUAUGCCAGGGCAGAUGGGACCUGUCCGUCAAUAAGUCCACAGAUGAGCCAGCUCCAUACCAACGCCCUGCUGUCUUGGGCACUCCUGCUCACCAUCUGUUCAGCUAACCAGCUCAAAGAUAUCUUGCACAAACACCUGCCCAAGCUGCAGAAGCUGCUUGAAAGUGAUGAUGUCAACAUGAGAAUUGCUGCAGGAGAGACAAUUGCUCUGCUUUUUGAACUGGCCAGAGAUAUCAAUCCUGAGUUUGAAUUUGAGGGCUGGGAUGAGCUCUGUGAUAAAUUGAAUGCAUUAGCCACAGACUGCAACAAGCACAGAGCCAAGACGGACAAGAGGAAGCAGCGGUCGGUGUUCAGGGACGUACUCAAGGCGGUGGAGGAGGGUGAUUUUCAGUCUGAGACAAUUCGCUUUGGGACCGAGCGCAUGACUAUUGACAGCUGGGUCAGAAAGAGGAUGUAUGAUGCUUUCAGAGAGUUUGUGGGCUCUGGGAUGAACUACCACCUGCAGGCAAAUGAGUUCAUCAGAGAUGUGUUUGAACUGGGACCACCUAUGUUGGUAGAUUCAGCUACAAUGAAGGCUAUGAAAAUUUCUCGCUUUGAAAGGCAUCUCCAUAACUCGGCUGCUUUCAAGGCUCGGACCAAGGCCAGGAACAAGUUCAGAGACAAGAGGGUGGAUGUAGGAGAAUUUUAAGCCUAAUAGUUUUUUUUUUUUCUCUUUUCUCCCUUCCCUUGUUGUGAUGUUGUUUAUCCAGUUUUCCUGCUUUUUUAGAUGAAUUGUGUCCCAUUUGUGUUCACAUGACUGUCUUCACCUUCUUUUAAAAAUAAAAAAAAAAGGAAAAAAAAUAGGUGUAUUUAAACACUCAAUUUUUAAACUUGAAAUGUAGUUUUAUUCCACAUGCAGUGUUUUGAAAAAUGGCCCCUAAAAGGAUGAUGUGUCCAUCACAGAUCAACAUCAAAUGAGCAUUUAAACAGAUUCUGGGCUUAUAAUUAAUACUUGCAUUGACAGAAAACAAUAGUGUUGUACAUACUUUAUAUUUUCAUGUUUAUUGUUAUGGUUUUUGUUUAAAGAAAUUGUAAUUUAUGGGAAUUCUGUUGUCUUGUGCCAUGUAGUUGCAUUUAAGACCAUAUUGUGACUGACUCAAACAUCUGGAUUUGUAUUAAGUUGCACUAACUAGUUCAUGUUUAUUUAUGUAGACUUGGAAAAAAACAUAGUGGGUGUAUAACGUCUAAGGUAAGGAUGCUUAAAAAAUAAACACUGGUGUAAACUA